CGGAGGGUUCCGGCUGUGGUCGAUUCCUUGGCCUCUCACCCCAACCCGGCGGGUCCGGGACUCCGGUGCGUCUCGGUGCGGGCGCCGGCAUGUGGCUGUGGGAGGAGCAGGGGGGCCUCCUGGGCCCCUUCUCCUUUCUGUUGGUGCUUCUCCUGGUGGUGACGCGCAGCCCCUUCAAUGCCUGCCUUCUCACCGGCAGCCUUUACGUGCUGCUGCGCUUCUUCAGCUUCGAGCCGGUGCCCUCCCGCCGGGCUCUGCAGGUGCUCAAGCCCCGGGAUCGCAUUUCGGCCAUCGCCCACCGCGGCGGCAGCCACGACGCUCCCGAGAACACGCUGGCGGCCAUUCGGCAGGCAGCUAAGAAUGGAGCAACAGGCGUGGAGCUGGACAUCGAGUUUACUUCCGACGGAGUUCCUGUCUUAAUGCACGACAGCACAGUAGACAGGACGACAGAUGGGACUGGUCGAUUGUGUGAUUUGACAUUUGCACAAAUUAGGAAACUUAAUCCUGCAGCAAAUCACAGACUCAGGAAUGACUUCCCUGAUGAGAAGAUCCCCACCCUAAGGGAAGCCGUUGCAGAGUGCCUAAACUAUAACCUCACCAUCUUUUUUGAUGUCAAAGGCCAUGCAAAUAUGGCAGCUGACACUCUGAAGAAGAUAUAUAUGGAAUUUCCACAACUGUACAAUAAUAGUAUGGUCUGUUCAUUCUUACCAGAAGUUAUCUAUAAGAUGAGACAAACAGAUCAGAAUGUAAUAACAGCUUUAACUCAUAGACCUUGGAGCCUGAGCCAUACAGGAGAUGGGAAACCCCGCUAUGAUACUUUCUGGAAGCACUCCAUGUUUGUGGUAAUGGACAUUUUGCUCGAUUGGAGCAUGCAUAAUAUCUUGUGGUACCUGUGUGGAAUUUCAGCUUUCCUCAUGCAGAAGGAUUUUGUGUCCCCGGACUAUUUGAAGAAGUGGUCAGCUAAAGGAGUCCACGUUGUUGGGUGGACCGUCAAUACCUUGGAGGAGAAAAGUUACUAUGAAUCCCAUCUUGGUUCCAGCUACAUCACGGACAGCAUGUUGGAGGACUGUGAACCUCAUUUCUAGCCUUUCACCCUGGGGAGGAAACACAGGUUCAGAAACUGCCCUUUGGCCUCAUACAGGGAUAUCAAAGUACUCUUUGUGCUAGUCCAGCCCUGGGGGCUCAGUGGGUCACACAAGCACUAGCCAGUAAUUGCAUUCUUAUCUGAGUAAACCAAAAGCAGGUGUUGCUGCCAGACUCCAUGGAAUGCCUGAGUUCCUCACUGUCGCUCUUGAAAGUCUGGGUCUGAAAAAGGCACACCAGCCCCCGCCUGCUCAGCCAAGGCGACACCAAGACCCGGUGAGGAUAAGCACAGAGUGGGUUGUGCACUUGGGGGAUGCAGAUGCAAAUGCAUGGGACUCGCAUGAUCACUUGGGGUUGACAUUUUAAAACUUGCCAUACUUAACCAAUGUACCUAUUUCAAAUAUUUGUAUUCAGGUCUGUUAACAGUGUCCUGUAGAUGUCAAACUUGUGAGCACACUAAUAAAAUCAUUAAAAGGAAUGUGAAAGGAAAA